AUGGCAACGACAACCUGUACACGUUUUACUGACGAAUACCAGCUUUAUGAGGAACUCGGAAAGGGAGCGUUUUCGGUUGUGCGUCGUUGUGUCAAGCUGUGCACAGGCCAAGAGUAUGCUGCCAAAAUAAUCAACACCAAAAAGCUCUCCGCGCGAGAUCAUCAGAAACUCGAACGCGAAGCCCGGAUUUGUCGCCUGCUCAAACACCCCAACAUCGUUCGGCUCCAUGACAGCAUAUCAGAGGAGGGCUUUCACUAUCUGCUGUUUGACUUGGUGACAGGUGGCGAGUUGUUUGAAGACAUUGUAGCCAGAGAAUAUUACAGUGAAGCGGAUGCCAGUCAUUGCAUCCAGCAGAUCCUGGAGGCGGUGCUUCACUGCCACCAAAUGGGUGUGGUGCACAGAGAUCUCAAGCCAGAGAACCUGCUCCUGGCCAGCAAGUGUAAGAACGCCGCCGUGAAGUUAGCCGACUUUGGACUGGCCAUCGAGGUGCAAGGCGACCAACAGGCCUGGUUUGGGUUUGCUGGUACGCCAGGUUACUUGUCUCCUGAAGUGCUGCGAAAGGAGGCUUAUGGGAAGCCUGUGGACAUUUGGGCAUGUGGGGUCAUCCUGUACAUUCUCCUGGUGGGAUAUCCGCCUUUCUGGGAUGAAGACCAGCAUAAACUCUACCAGCAGAUCAAAGCCGGGGCCUAUGACUUUCCCUCUCCAGAGUGGGACACUGUCACACCUGAGGCCAAAAACCUUAUUAACCAGAUGCUGACCAUUAACCCAGCCAAAAGGAUCACUGCUCAGGAGGCACUGAAACACCCGUGGGUCUGCCAACGUUCGACUGUGGCCUCUAUGAUGCACAGACAAGAGACAGUGGAGUGUUUGAAGAAGUUCAACGCAAGGAGAAAACUCAAGGGUGCUAUUCUGACCACCAUGCUGGUGUCUAGAAACUUCUCCGUGGGCAGACAGACCACAGCUCCAGCCACUGUCUCUGCUGCUGCAGCCGCUGCUGCUGCCGCGGCCGGUACCACAGCCGGCCUGGUGGAACAAGCAGCCAAGAGUCUGCUGAACAAAAAAGCAGAUGUUAAGAAACGGAAGUCCAGCUCCACUGUCCAAUACAUGCCACAGUCAAACAGCACGAAAAACAGCAUAGUCACCAGUCCCAAAGGAAACACCUCCUCUCCUGCUCUGGAGCCUCAGACCACUGUUAUCCAUAACCCGGUGGAUGGGAUCAAGGAAUCUUCAGACAGCAGUAACACCACGAUAGAGGACGAGGACGUGAAAGCACGCAAACAAGAGAUCAUCAAGAUCACCGAACAGUUGAUUGAAGCCGUGAACAAUGGAGACUUUGAGGCCUAUGCGAAAAUCUGUGACCCUGGAUUGACCUCUUUUGAACCAGAGGCCCUGGGUAACCUGGUAGAGGGCAUGGAUUUCCACAGAUUCUACUUUGAGAACUUGCUGUCUAAGAACAGUAAGCCCAUCCACACUACCAUACUGAAUCCACACGUGCACCUGAUCGGCGAAGACGCCGCCUGCAUCGCCUACAUCCGCCUCACUCAGUUCGUGGACGCGCAAGGCCGGCCCCGAAGCAGCCAAUCGGAGGAGACGCGCGUGUGGCAUCGUCGCGAUUCCAAGUGGCAGACCGUGCAUUUUCACUGCUCCGGCGCCCCGGCUGCUCCUCUCCAGUGAAGAGUGGAGCCGUAACGGAGGUGCGUGAUGUGACUGCCGCUGCGGAGGAGACAGGGAAGGAGGUCUGACGGGACGGGAGAGGGAGCCCAGGGUUGGGGAGCUUCAGAUCAGCCAGCCUUCCAACACUGGACGCAUCUGUCCUUAUCCACCUGCAUGCAAACCUACACGUAUCGUCACCUACCGGGCUCUUCCCUCAGCUGCACAUAGGCCGACCCGACGCCACGUGACCCGCACGCGCACACGACCCGCCAUCUGAACUCUCGGACAACACAACGUAAACACGACAAGCACGACGCGACGCGACACGACA